AUGCUGCUGUUGAACGUACGCCUGAUACUCUUCGUGAUACUAAUACUUAUUGAGCUAAUCAGCGUCCUUCUAAUGCUUCUCCUGCUGGUAGUGGUAAUGAUGGCUCUGUUAAUCCUGCUGAACCUCCUUCACCUAUUGCUGCUGUUCCUCCUGUUGCUGCUGGUGCUGGGGAAGGGAGUAAUGGUUCGUCUCCAUCUGGAGGUCCAACCGGAGCCAACGUCAACAAUCCAGCAGGUGAAGGUGCAGUCAACGCGGAGAGUACAGCAGCAGCACAACCCACUUCUCCUUCUCCCGAAUCUUCAG